AUGGCUGACUGGAAAGUCCAGUAUUUGAGUGCUCUCGAAGCGCGACAUGAAGCUGCAAAGGCUGACAUUGAAAUCUACGACAAACAUCAAAACGCUGAUCUGAGAGCCGAACUUCGACAGAUACAGGCUGCUAUUAGAGCUGUUCCCACACGAGCACCGCCUGUACCUGCUCCUCUGAUUAGUUAUGGUUUCCGUCGACAGACACCGAUCACAGAGAGCGAUAUCAUGGCUCAGCUCAGACAAGAUUUCUCCAUAGCACAGCAGGAAAGGGCAGAUUUGCAGAAGCAGGUCGAGGGCUUACGGAGUGAUCUUGAGCAGGCAACUACGAAGCUGAAAACUCACGAAGAACAAGUUUCUCGAUUAACAAAUCUAAACUCUCGCUUUACAACCCGAAUGAAAGAUCACGAGGAGGAACUGCGAGGUAAGGCGAGGCUGUUGGAGAAUGUUCAAGACGAGAACGCGACACUCAAUCUGGAGCUGGAUCAGGCCGAGCAAGAAGUCAAGAAGGUCAAGAAGGAGAACAAGGAACUGGUUGAUAGGUGGGUAGCUAGAAUGGGCCAAGAGGCUGAGAAGAUGAAUGAAGACAGCAAGUUCAGCUGA